UCUGUUUUUCUUACAUGUAUUUUUCCUCUGCUUUUUUUAGUCUUUUUUUUUUUUUUCCCCAAGUGGCUACAGCGCAGAUCACUGAACACAAACAAUAUUAACAUGUAAUUUUCUCUUCUGUGUGUGUUUGUCUUUCUGCAGCUUGAGCGCCGCUGCUGUCUGUGAUGCCCUCCCAUGACGCCCAGGUCGGGAGCUGACACUGCCAGUGAGCGGGAGACGCCACUGCACAACCGGUCCUGGGCCAGUGCCGUCAGCCGGUUCUCGCCCUCCCUCUCACACGCUGGAGACUCCACCUCCACCCGCCUUCCAGUAUCCACAGUCAUCAGCUCCGAUCCACCUCAGUAAGGCCCCCUUGAAAACCGACACGCUGACGCCCUCGGCCAGCACCAGCAGCAGCAGCCAAAAACCACAAUAUCUUCAGCGCAAUCAGCAACACCAGCACCACCACAAUCACCAGCAGCAGCAGCCGUCAUGUCCAGUCGUAGAAAGUCCUCCACCCCUUGCAUGGUCCGGGUCAUCAGCGACCCGCCAGAAGAGCAAGACGACCCGGGGGAGGUGAUGAUGGACAUGGAAGUGUUGGCAAACAACAAUGUGACAGAAAAAGAGCAGUCUGAACCAUCUGAAGAGAAGAGUAAAGACCCCCAGCAGGAACAUCAAGACCAGCAAACGUUUUCAAAACCAGUGGAAAACCAGAAUCCUGAGCCAUUAGAUCAAGAGUUGCAGUCGGUUAAUGAAGACCGGCCCCCCGUCAUUGAAGAUGUAGAAGCCAGAGAGGAGAAGGACAGGGAAAUGGUCGAAUCUGACCCCGAGUCCCAGAAAAAGCAGGCCAGAGGCUACGAGUGUAAAUACUGCCCGUUUUCAACGCAGAACCUGAAUGACUUUAAAGAGCAUGUGGACUCCAGCCACCCUAAUGUCAUUCUCAAUCCGUUGUACCUCUGUGCUGUCUGCAACUUCAACACCAAGAAGUUUGACUCGCUCACAGAGCACAAUGAGAGCCAGCACCCUGGCGAGACAAACUUCAAGUUCAAGAGGAUAAAAAAGAACAAUCAGACUAUUUUGGAGCAGACAAUCGAAGGCAAGGACAAUUCAGCUGAAUGCGAAGUGACAAAUGAACAGGGUGAAAUCAACAGCAACAGUUCUGUGUUUCCACCUUGCAUAUCAACCACGGUGAAAACCCCGGACGCUAUCAAGUCGUUUUAUCAAGGGAGCGAACUGAAAAGCCAGCUAGAUGGCCUGAUCCAGAAGGAUCAAAUCACAGCAGUGAACAUCAACGGAACCGUCAUCAUCCCUGAACCGACCAUCCUUCAAGGGCUCUCCCAUGUCACUCCGAUGCUCCAGCGACCACCCAACUUUAACUCUGUACCAAAAAUAGCCGUUCCUUUGAACACCACCAAAUAUAACCCUUCCCUUGACGACAACCUGACAUUGAUCACCUCCUUUAACAAGUUUCCUUACCCGACGCAUGCCGAGUUGUCGUGGCUGACAGCUGCCUCCAAGCACCCGGAGGAACAGAUCAAAGUCUGGUUCACCACCCAGCGGUUGAAGCAAGGCAUCACCUGGUCGCCAGAGGAGGUGGAGGAAGCCAGGAAGAAGAUGUUCAACGGCUCCAUCCCUCCUGCCCAUCACACAUUCACCGUCCUGCCUACAAGCCCUGUAUCUGAGCCGUUUGCCAAAGCCUCCCAGCAGCCCAUUGUCCACACCACAGUGCAUCAUACAACUCGUGUCCGGACAGUCACGUCCAGUGGGUUUAGUGUAGUCACCACCACAAACUCUCCUGCUGGAGUCGUCAUUGGCUCCAACCACUCCCUCAAACGAUCCCUGUCAACGCACCAAGCAACAGCAUUCGGCCCGGAGUCUAAGCGACCAGUGAUGGCAGUCGCCCCCCAUUCUGGUGACCCUAAAGACAAAGGCCUCAUGGCUCCUCCUCCACCCCCUCCCCCUCAGAAAGACCGCCACCCAAUGGCUCCACCUCCCAUUCCCAUGGAGAUGAAAAGAUCUGUAGCACUUCCUCUGAUCACCACAGAGAUGAAGAGGUCAUCCGCUGCUGUGCCUUUAAUGCCACCGCCAUCGUCGUCGUUAUCACAAUCUUCAAUGUCCAAAGGGAAGUUUCUCUCGUCGUUAGGAAACCCCAAAACUAAGCCAGUGGUGUCGCUGCCCUCCAUAGUCUUUCCAGAGUCCUUAACAAGGCCAUUGAUAGUUCCCCCACCUAUCUUUGCCCCAUCUUUUAAAAACUCAUUACUUAUUCCUCGUACUUCGUCCAUCACUUCCAAAGAAAAGCACCCCAACACCCACACUUUACCAGCUGCUGAUUUGAAGCUGCCCAACUCCCCUCCUCUCAUUACCCCACAGAUGAGGAGGCCGCCCAUCAUCCAAUCCAUUCGCACUCCGGCUAAAGCCUCGCUCCAGAUUCCAGGGUUCCCUUUGCAUAGCAAGAAACUAAAAGAGCAGCAAGGUAUGGAGCUGAAAGCCAGCUAUCACAGAGGAGACAAGGUACUCACUCCUCUGGCAGAGGCCAACGGGACAUCUCGCACAGAUGGCAAAUGGUCCAAUGAUCAGAUCUCUCUUAUUCAUAAUAACGGAGUCAUACAUUUGGAUGGCAGUGAGCCAACAGCGCUGCUGAAACCAGAUUUUCAGCAAAAGUCCUCAGUGCUGACCCAGUUCCCCCUGCUGGAGAGAAUGAAAGGAAAGACAGCAGAACAGCUGAAGGUCUUGGAGGAGAACUUCUUGAGGAACAGCUUCCCCACACAUAGCGAUGUGGACAAUCUGGCGGCUUCCACCCGCCUGUCUCACCAGGAAAUCGACAGCUGGUUCGUGGAGCGCCGUGCACUCCGCGACAACCUUGAACUGGCCCUGCUCAACUCUAUGGGCACUAAGAGGAUGGGCACCGGUGGCAUCGCUGCCAUCGCUGAGAAACGACUACAUCAGCAGCAACAGCAACACCAAACUCUACAGUUGAAUGGGAUUCACAAACCAAGCACCGGUGUGGGCCAUCUCAAGAGCCCUCCUCCACCUUCACACAUCCUGCCCAUCAUUGCUUCCUCCGUCCCCAACCCAAAUUCCUGCUCAGUGCCUCCAGACAGCCGAUCCCUGGCGCUCCUCAAGGACGACUUUGCUCAAACACGGUGGCCUUCCCCUGAGGAGUUCAGCCAACUGGAGGGUCGGACAGGACUGGCGCGUGCCGACCUCGCCCACUGGUUCAACGACAGCCGGUCAGCGCUGCAGAGCGGCAGCAUGGAGCUGACAGAACUUAUUCACAACAAUGGAGUGAACGGAGGGCAGGGGCCGCCUAUGUGCUCCCCCAAAAACACUCCCUUAAGCCUCAUCCAGCAAUGUCAGGAAGGAGCUGUAACAAACAACAACAGCAGUAAGGUGCUGGAGGUUGAGUUGGGCUGGCUGAUGGAGCAGCGCGCUAACAGCUUCAGUCAGCACGAUGAGCUCCAGGACCGGUUUGCUGGCAGACUGAGGCAGCAGAACGCGGCGGAGCUGAAGAACGGCGGACAGAACGGAGGAGUGGUGGGAGCGGCGGCGCGGGAAAUGUUCGGCUGGCUGGAGGACGGACACUCGAGGAGAGGACGAGAGCUUCUCCUCGACCGAGACAAGAAGCUGGAGGACACCACGUCCGGGAGGCUGACUGGAUAA